AUGGAGAGCUAUCAUAGUGGUCAGUUCGGCGAGCCAGACUCGUAUCCGCACGAAUACAUUUCUAGCACUGUACAAAAUGGAUUGGCAGGGGUUCCAAUGUGGGCAAUAUGGUCCUUUGUUAUUUGUGCAGUCUUGAUAAUUGCUGUCCUCCUGCUGGACUACUGUGUCAUUCGGAGAAACGCAUUAGGAAAUACGUGCUGCACAAAGGCUCGUCAGAAACGAGGAACCAUCAACGCCGCUCAUCAGAAGAGAUCGACAAACAUGUUGCUUAAUGUAUGA